CCUGAGCUUCGCCCGGGGUAUAGCAGUCUAGCUUUGCCCGCCUUACGGAGCGGACGUAUUCAAUUUUCUGCGACAAAAAUAUUUUUAAAUCACUUUUAAUUCGAGUCAGUGCUGUGUUCUGCGGUUUGCUGUUGAUCAGACCCAGCCCACCCGAGGAAGAUGGUGAAGCUUACCGAAGAGCCUCCAUAUGAGGAGCCAAUCGAAGAGUUAGACCAGUACGGAGUGAUGAUCACCAACCGCAAUGACUACAUGGCCUUCCUACGCGAACAGCUGGAAGAAGUCCUACCACCACAUGACAAGAAGCAGGAUGAGUUCCUUCACAAACUGACGAACCUGGUCUUCUUGCCAGACAACGCUGAUGAAGAGAUGAAGAAGAUUUACGAAGAGUUGCAAGAGAAGCAUGCCAAGCUGCAGAAUUUGCAACGAGAGAGGGUGGAGUUGACCAACUUCAUUCGCAACUAUUAUAAUCUGCAGCGGAAUAUCACUCAGGAGGAGUGCAAGCGAGAGGUCGAUACACUCUUCAGAGGGAAGCAGGAGUUCUUUGUUGUGAGUAAGCAGCUUGAGGAGUUACUCUACAAGCUGCAUGGAAGGGGCCGUCUUUAAGCUAGCUCCUUUUCUUUUUUCUUUUUUUUUUUUGUUGACCGAAUUGGGAACCGAGUAGAGAUAUUUGUCAUCGUCUCGUAAGAUCAGUUAGAAUGACUUAGCUAUCUGUGAAUUAAUGGAAUUCUGGCUAAUACCAUCCGAAAUUAGUGGCCAAUUCCAUAUGAAAAUGUUUUUGAAUUAAUACCUACAUACUUUCAAGUCUUGAAGUCUCUCUGGUCUUAUAACUAUAAGACCCAUGUAAGUGGUGAAAAGUGGGUGUACAUUGUACAAUGGUAUUACUUAACAUAAUGUGCACAAAGCAAAGGGGUAGGCAGAGGCCUACCCCUUCGGGGAUAAAGGGCAUUACGAUAAUAAUUAGUAUUUUGAGCUCUAUACCUGUCAAAAAGUAUCUAAAUUCCUGUUUUUCUAUUUCACAGACAGAGAAAUCAUUAUGACUGAUCGAUUAUUACUUCAACUGAUACUAAUAGGUUUCCAAUGGUCCAUUAUAGUUCAGGGGUAAAGCGAGGACUAGAAUACAAACAAACCUAGAUUCAUUGACAAAGAGAUCUUGAUACCUCGGGACGUGCGAUGGGGCUUGGGUUACGAGGUUUUGUUCUACUGAGUAGCUGAGUCCAGAUGAAAAACAUAAGAGUCCAGGCAACUACUUACAUGCGUGCAGCGCGUCGCGUUCCGCGCGCUCCUCAAAGAGCCAUUAGACCACCACAGAUGGGGCCCAGUAGGGCUGAUGCCUGAUCUGGAGCUGUGGACUACCUAGCGGGUUUACCGGGGCUUUGGUCCGAAAAGCAGGGGCAAGAACGGGGUGGUUGUUAGUCAGUAAGAGUCUGAUGCUCCCUCUCACCUUGUGAAAGGUCAUCCGCAGCUCCGGCUGAGGCAAGUAGGAGUGUCAGACUCUUACUGACUAAAAACCAUCUUGUUUCUACUCCUGUUUCGAGCCAGAGCUCCGGUAACCUGCAAGGUCGUCCACAGCUCCGGCUACAUUAGCCCCUUUGGGCGCCAUAUGUGGUGGUCUAAUGACUCUGUGGCUUUCAGGGACUAGCUUUGUUAAAAUCUUCAAUGACAGUGUUGAUAUUUUUAUAAUAACUAUCGUGACAUAUUAAAUUCGCAGACGUUGCGCAGUCUACUAGUUAGACCGUGCGUUAGCGUUGCGUAUUGCGCGCUCAUCGCGCCCUCUGCCGGCAAACAUUGUUAAUCAAACUCGAUAGAGAGUGUUGAUCUUGUAAACAUAAACUCAAUAACUCCAUCAACAGAAUUUAAACACUUCAUUGAAGAAUUUGACACUCAGUAUGAAACGAUCUCAAACUCUUGUCUGAUGUCGCAUCUCCACUUUUCAUGGGAAAUCUCGAGUGAUCAGGAAUCUAACUAGAUAGAUACAGAAUCACUUUUUGCAAAGCUAUUCUGUGUUUAUGUGGCCCAUAUUUGGUUUUUAAAAGGAAAUCAAUUGAACAAACCUAUACGUGAUUGGCUGAUAAAUAAAUAGCUACCUAUGGUAUUUCACGAGCUGUUUCAACACGUGGUUGAUUGACCUUUUAGAAAUCAAAUAGACCCUUUGGCAGUACUUUGAUUGGCUGCGCAGACCUGGUACAUUGUCCAGUAUAAAUUAACUUGUCAUUUAGUAUGAUUUUCACUGAAAUGAUAGGUCAA